AUGUCCCAGAUCCCGAGCUUGAAGUUCCGGAUGGCAAACCUGGCAAAAUUGGAAUUUGCUGCCUUGGACAUUUCUAGGAACAACUACCUAUCAUGGGUCAUGUAUGCCAAGAUCCAUCUGCGAGCCAAUGGCUUUGGAAAAACAAUAGUAGAUGGAAGCGCAAUAGUAGAUGGAAGCGACAUAUCACCUGAAGAGAAUGCGAGCCACAUCCAUGAAGCGCUGAAAAAUGAAUAUGUGGUGGUUGAUGAACCGUUGGUUCUGUGGAAAGCUCUAUGUGAAAGAUACAAUCACCAAAAGACGAUGACCCUUCCAGGAGCCAUAUACGAAUGGACACACCUGAGAUUUCAAGAUUUCAAGACAGUGUCCGAGUACAACUAUGCUAUGCAUAGAAUCACCUCCUUGAUGAAGUUAUGUGGUGAAAGUAUCUCUAAGAAGGAUAUGCUUGAAAAAACUCUGAGCACAUCUCAUGCCUCAAAUGUUCUCCCACAACAGCAGUAUAGGCACAGUGGUUUUACAAAGUACUCGGAACUUGUAUCUUGCCUAUUAUUAGCUGAGCAAAAUAAUGAGCUCCUAUUGAAGAAUCACCAAUCUCGCCCAACGAACUCAGCAUCACUUCCUGAAAUAAAUACUGCAUCUCGGGAAGUGAAUGCCACCUCAUCUCGUGGCAGUAUCCACAGACGUGGGCGAGGAGGCAAGCGUGGCCGAUGGCAAGGGAGUAGAAAAGAUCGUGGUGCUCAUUCAUAUGGCUUGGGUCCAAGGAACAAUCCAUCCACCAAUGGCAAAAAUGCAUCCAGAAAUAAGGGGAAAGCCCAGACAAGCCAUGUGCCGAGAAAUGUUGAAAGCACUUGUCACAUAUGUGGUGCAAAGGGACAUUGGGCGGGUAUAUGUCGUACGACGUAGCAUUUGGCGGAUCUCUAUCAAACUUCACUUAAGAACAAGAAAGUGGAGACAAAUUACAUUGAUCAUGCUAUACCAGAUCCGGCAGCCAUAGAUGGCCCAUCGGAAAUAUCACGUCAGUUAGACAAGACGCAUAUGGAUGUUUCCAAUUUUGUUACUGAAAGAGAGAAUGAAGUUUAUGGGUCCGAAUUAGAUUAAAUUCCUUAAUGUACCAUUUGUAUUAU